CACAAUCGUUUUCUUCUGACUGAAUAUGAGUCAAACACAGAGGAUUAGGAGAGAACGUGGAAGAAGAAGCCAUGGACUCUAUCGUCUCCAGCUCAACGAUUCUUAUUCGAUCAUAUCUCACUCCUCCGGUCCGUUCAUGUUCUUCGGCAACCUCCGUUUCCGUCAAAUCUGUGAGCUCAGUCCAGGUCACCUCCGUCGCGGCUAACCGCCACCUGCUUUCCUUAAGCUCCGGUGGUAGAGGAAGCAAGAAAUUCUCUAGUUCGGCGAUAAGAUGCGGCGGAAUCAAAGAGAUUGGAGAGAGUGAGUUUUCGAGUACGGUUCUCGAAUCAGACCGGCCGGUUUUGGUUGAAUUCGUCGCUACUUGGUGCGGUCCCUGCAAAUUGAUCUAUCCCGCUAUGGAAGCCUUAUCUCAGGAAUAUGGUGACAAAUUGACGAUUGUAAAGAUUGAUCACGACGCUAACCCAAAAUUAAUAGCGGAUUUCAAGGUUUACGGUUUACCGCAUUUCAUUCUCUUCAAGGACGGGAAGGAAGUUCCAGGGAGCAGAAGGGAAGGUGCUAUUACAAAGGCCAAGCUUAAGGAGUACAUUGACGGUCUCUUGAACUCGAUAUCUGUUGCUUAAUUGUCUCUCUUCCCACCGGUAUUCCUCUGUCUCAACACUGGAUUUUGUUUAAGCAAAUCUCUUCAAUUGUAAUCUUCAUCCCCCAUUUCUCAUUUGAUGUGUAUAUCUUGCAACGAAUUUUACGAAUAGAAAAGACUUGAGCUCUUAUCAGAACCAAA